AUGGCGACGGAGAAGCCGGCUUCAUAUUGGCUGACCUUUGUUCGACGUACUUAUACUCCAGAGGAAGGUCAACCAUUGCCAAUAAUAGCAGAAUCUGAUGCUGUUAAUACACAAAAUGGUGUUCGAGAUAAUCACCUUGAUAACAGUAAUGAUGGCAACUUGAAUAAAAAAGAUACAUUCGAUGUGAGACCAACAGGUAAUGGCUCUCUUAGUGAGCCCACACAGAAUGGAGUUUCUAAUGCUGCCAAUUUGCAUAUUUCGAACAGUUUUUCAGCAUACAAUGGAACUAGCCAUCAUGCUCAAACUGAGAGACAGAAUAAUACUUCGAAUACCAAUGAUACCACUGCUAUCUCUCGAUGGUGGUGGACAAGUUCACAGAGAGAUUCAAUCAAGGACGUAAACGUUGCAGAAGAUCGUCAUCUGGAGUCGUGGGCUCGAUGGUUUCUGUAUGGCAGUGUAAUUGAUCUGCUUUAUAAACGAGACGAACCAGAACCAGAAACCACUCAAAAUAAGCCAGAACCCCUUCCAGCAGCAUCUACAACUUGGUUUCCAUGGUUCAAAGCAGCAGAACCUGAAAACGACGAUUCGGAUAACUAUUCGGUAAAUGGUGCUGACUUGAUAAAAACAGCAAGAACAGCCAUAGAAACGUCCAAGGACACCACACAUUAUGCAUUCAAGUACGGAGCAGCCGACGAGUUGCUCCUCUCUGUGAGCGAAACAAGAUCAGAAACACAACCUGUUCGUUACAAGUCUCGCAAACGUCCCAGAACUCAAAACGAAGUUCAAGAAAUGCUCUUGCAGCCACAAAGCGUGACUCUCCGAAGCUCAAGCUCCUCUAUAAGGUCGGACAACGGACACAUGUUUCACGACGACAAGCUCGUAUAUCCCCAUAUAAUAUUUCCAUCCAUUGAGGAAAACUAUCGCAUCAUCACUGUUAAAACUCAAGUUCGUUUACUUGGUCAGCAUUUACUUUAUCACGCCAACUCAAGUGAGUGUCACCUUUACAGACGAACAGAAGCAAAGAUCAUCAGACGAAAGAAAAAGACCAAAAAGGCAGUAGUAAUAGGUGUCCACAACUUUCUCCCCACAAAAAUGGUCAAAACCACUAUUGGCCAAUCUACCGGCAAUUCUAUCAAAUUCGUCAAGCAGGCUUCAAAGGCUAUACAUGAGUGGCUACUAAACGAACAGUGUGAUAUUGAGACCAUUGCAUUGGAUGGUGGAGGUAAAGUGGCAGAUAGAGUGGAACACCUGCUCAAACUUCUCGAAAACUGGUACCAGCUCAUUAGUGAUGCUGAUUUCUUGUUCGUUGUAGCACACUCACAAGGAGUCACCGUCGGUAUUCAGGUGCUUGCUCAUCUUCUUGACAGGGUGGAAUGGCGCAACAAAAGAAUUGGCUUUUUAAGUAUGGCUGGUCCAUUUCACGGACCAGUAGCUGGUCUUGAUACCAAGCUUGUGGUGCGCGCGUACUCGCAGGUCGAGAACGAGGUUAUUAGGGAGCUACUUGAUUUACAAAAACCUAACAGCGACCACACUCAACUACUCAAAAAUGCACUUGCAAGUCUACUCGAGAAAAACGUGAAAGUCACACUCUGUGGAUCCUUUACUGACCAAUUUGUACCAUUAUUUUCGUCACUAGCAACGGGAUACACCCACCCCAAUAUUUAUCGAAUCAUUCAUUCCAGAUUGAGUGACAAUAUUCCACCAUUCAUAAUCCUUUUAUUUCAAGCAGCAGUCAUUGCCAAGAAUAUGGGUCGAUCUGAUUACAAUGUCAUACAAGAUUUGAGUGAUAGGUGCAAUGGCUCAUUGUCUACCGGAGGACAUGGCCAUGUCUUCGAAGACCAAGCAGUAUACGUACAAGCUCUUCAGCAUGCACUUGAAACCACCGAUCUAUUUCAGCAUAAGCAUUUGCAAUAUCUGGCACCGCAACUACCCAAGGUUCCCAACCCGUACCAAAUUCCAUGGAAUAUUCGAACUCUUUUGAAUGAGAUUCUACAGUUACCCAAUAAUGCCAGUCUCGUUUUGGUAACACAAUUAAUCAUUGCAUUCAAGAAAUGGGAACCUACAUCUAAACCAUGGAAAGAGCUCAAGUAUGCCCUCGACGCAUUUGAAGAAGCCAGUCUACAAGAUUUUAAUGUGUAA